UUCUCAUCAUGUCACUCGAAUAUUCAAUCCUAUCAAACGGCGGACUGUCAAAGAACGUAUAAAUGUGCGAAAGGAUGGACUUAGCAAUGGCGUUCUUUUACUUUCUUCCCUAUCCCACGCACGAUUCAUGUUUCAGACCGAUUUCAAUACACAAACCCAUACCAUCCACCAAGAAGUCAACCGAACAUGCCAGUCUACAAUCACUUCAUCACGGCAGACCGACCUUGGGGAGGAGGUGGAGCACAAGGUCUACUGGACUUUGGACAUCAGCCAUUUCAACUCGUAAGAAGGAGUAGGAGGAGUAGGAGAUGGGUUCUCGACGAUGACGAUGGGUUCGGGGAACAGCUACAACAUCACCAAGAUCGAGGUCGAGGUCAAGGUUGGGAACAACUUGAAUGGGUUUUCCCACAAGAAGAAGAACACCUGCAGCACGGCAGGAGAGACCUCGAAGUCUAUGAUCAUGGUUAUCAUAAUCAUUGGAGACGUCAUCAUCAUCGCCGUGGUGGCGCUUUCGAACUUCCAGGUUUCCCAGGGAUCGAGCCCAUGGACAUGGUCAUCACCAUCGUCGAUAUCAAAGUCCUCCACCACCGCAUCGUCGUGGGCAACGAGGCGCACCCGGAAGGCCACCAAGUCCACAACCACAGCAUGAACGUGAUCAUGACGGCCAUUCAGACGGUGGUGUCAGUGAUCGUUCAGGUUCUGAUGGUCACGGCGGUGAUGCUCGAAGAUGUCAUCAUCAUCGGCGACGACGACGGCCUCAUCGGCAUUUUUUCCCACAUGGACAUGGGCUGGGCCCAGGGCAUGAGCGUGGACGUCCCCGCCGAAAUGAAAUCAACAUUUUCAUUUGAAUGA